AAAAGAAAGGUGUCUUUCUACAAGCGGGCACAAAUACUUGUGGCUGAUACAUGGAGUGUAUUGGAAGGCAAAGGAGAUGGUUCUUUUGAUGACAUUUCCAGUCUGACUAUAUUUGCUGACUACAGAAUUCCUCAAGUUCUUGUGUAUUUAAAAGCAAUGAAGUAUUCUGAAGAACUAAUGAGGAAACUGCGUGAAGGAACAAUUUUCCAGUCUGGAGAUAAAGAGGAGGUGGAGAUCCGCGGCUGUUCGAUCUGGUGCUGCGCGCUGAUUUGUAAGCACCUUCUGGAGCUCUAUGAGAAGAAGGGUCGGGACAUGCACCAGAAGAUCAACGCGGUUUUGCUCGAUUACCACCUUUGGGACUAUGCUAGGGAUCAUAGGGAAGAGAUGAAAGAUGUUCCGUUUCACCGAGUACGCUGUAUAUAUUACUAA